CCCUACCGCCGCUCCAUUAGGACUAUGUCUUCCCAGCCGUAUGAUGGUCCUUGGACCGCCAUUACAAUUCGCGACCAGUUCUUCAAUUUCUUCAGGUCCAAGGAGCACACUUUUGUGCCCUCCUCACCGACCAUUCCAUUCGACGAUCCCACUUUGCUCUUUGCCAAUGCCGGAAUGAAUCAGUACAAAUCCAUCUUUCUUGGCACGGUCGAUCCGCAUUCAGAAAUGUCUAAACUGAAGCGCGCGUUUAAUACCCAAAAGUGCAUAAGGGCAGGAGGGAAACACAACGAUCUCGACGAUGUCGGCAAGGAUUCAUAUCAUCAUACUUUUUUUGAAAUGCUUGGCAACUGGUCUUUUGGAGAUUACUUCAAGAAAGAGGCCAUAGCUUACUCUUGGGAACUCCUAACUGAGGUUUACAAGCUACCGAAGGAUCGCCUAUACGUGACUUACUUUGAGGGAGACCUCAAAAUCAAUCUCGAGGCUGAUUUGGAGGCCAAGAUGUACUGGUUAAGCCAAGGUGUCCCAGAAGACCAUAUUCUUCCAGGAAACGCCAAAGACAACUUUUGGGAAAUGGGUGCUACUGGACCGUGCGGACCGUGCAGUGAAAUUCACUUCGAUCGAAUAGGCGGAAGGAAUGCCGCAAGUCUGGUUAAUCAAGAUGAUCCUGACGUAGUUGAAAUAUGGAACAACGUCUUCAUCCAGUUCAAUCGCGAAGGUGACGGUUCCCUAAAGUCGCUUCCAUCCAAACAUGUCGAUACCGGUAUGGGUUUCGAGCGGCUUGUAUCCGCUAUCCAGGACAAGCGCUCAAAUUAUGACACCGAUGUCUUCACCCCCAUAUUUGCCAAAGUGCAGGAGCUCACGGGAGUACGCCCGUAUGAAGGUAGAUUUGGAGACGAUGAUGCUGACGGCGUCGACACUGCCUACCGGGUAGUCGCAGACCAUGUCAGAACGCUCACGUUUGCUCUCAGCGACGGAGGUGUCCCAAAUAAGGACGGUCGAGGGUACGUACUGCGACGAAUCCUACGUCGGGGAGCACGGUAUGCCCGAAAGAAACUCGGGGUAACUAUCGGCUCCUUCUUUUCGUCUUUGAUGCCUGUCGUUGUCGAGACCAUGGGUCAGACAUUUCCCGAAAUAACCCGGAAAGUCGCCGAAAUCAAGGAAAUCCUUGACGAGGAAGAAGAAUCUUUUUCGCGGACUCUUGACCGCGGUGAAAAGCUUUUCGAGCAAUACGCGGCACGCGCAAAAGAACAAGGGACUAAAGAGUUGAACGGGAAGGAUGUCUGGCAGUUAUACGAUACCUUUGGUUUCCCUGUCGACCUCACGCGUUUGAUGGCAGAGGAACUUGGUCUCGGGGUGAAUGAUGCUGAAUUUGAAGAAGCCCAGGCUCAUUCAAAGGAGGCUAGCAAGGCAUCCGGGAAGACGGAAAGCAAAGUCCAGGUGAAGUUGGACGUGCACGACAUUGCUUCCCUUGAAAAGAUGGGUGCAGUACCUAAAACGGACGACUCUGCGAAAUUCGGUAUCGGAAACAUUGACGCCUCGAUAAAAGCUAUAUUCUACAACAGGUCGUUUGUCGCAUCGACAGAAUCCAUACCUCGUGAUGUCUAUUUUGGUUUGCUUCUGGACAAGACAAGCUUCUACGCAGAGUCAGGUGGUCAAGAAUACGACACUGGGAACAUUGUGAUUGAUGGUGUUGCUGAUUUUGAGGUGACUGACGUCCAGGUUUACAAUGGCUAUGUUCUACACACUGGUCGCCUAAAAUAUGGAAAUCUCUCAGUGGAUGAUACUGUAGUAUCGUCAUAUGAUGAACUUCGUCGUUGGCCGCUGCGGAACAAUCACACUGCGACUCACAUUCUCAAUUUCUGCCUCCGUGAAGCACUUGGCGACCAUAUUGACCAAAAGGGAUCACUGGUUGCGCCGACAAAACUACGUUUUGACUUUUCGCACAAAGCAUCUAUUGGUCUCCCAGAACUGUCGAAGAUUGAAGCCAUGUCAAAGGACUGGAUCAAGCGGGACGUGAAGGUUUUCAGCAAAGAACUGGAUCUACGGAAUGCCGAGAAAAUCCCGGGUCUUCGUGCAGUUUUUGGUGAGACGUAUCCUGAUCCUGUGAGGGUGGUGACCCUAGAGUACGAUGUGGAUGAAAUUGCCAGAGAUGUUGAAAAUCCCAAGUGGCGGGGUACAAGUGUCGAAUUCUGUGGUGGGACACAUGUGGCGAAGACUGGAGACAUCAAGGACUUUGUGAUCCUCGAAGAGUCUGGAAUCGCAAAAGGGAUACGCCGAAUCAUCGCAGUCACCGGACACGAAGCUGCACAAGUCAGUCGUAUCGCCAAUGAUUUUCAAGUGAGGUUGGAUCGGCUGGAGCAGAUUUCUGGAAAAGACAAGGAUGCGGGGAUGAAAGCUUUGGGAGUUGAACUGGGCCAAACCGAUAUUUCUGCGGUCAAGAAGGCCGAGCUGAAGGAAAGACUCGUUGUGAUGCGGAAAACAUUCGACAAGCAGAUUAGGGAGAAGGAAACGGCAAUGAACAAGGAGGCUGUUGAUCGAGUACAGCAGCAUUUCAAGGGUGGAGCGUCGUCGUAUAUCGCAGUGGUUGAUGUCAAUGGUAGUUCAAAGAUUCUUCAAAAUAUUGUUUUGCAAGGACGAAAAGUGGGGAAAGUGGUAUACGUUUUCAGCGUUGAUGAGGAAGGGGGGAAGGUGGGGCAUGUGAACUAUGUACCGAUUUCAUUGAAGGAAAAGGGAGCAGAUGCACGGACAUGGGCGUCAAAGGUUGGUGAGGUGCUUGGUGGCAAGGCGGGUGGGAAGGAGGAUUCUGCGCAAGGGGUAGGGGUGAAUGUUUUGCGAGUGAAAGAAGCUGUCGUCGUUGCUGAAGCAUAUUUAUCAAACUACUUGUAA